AAUUCUUUAAACGCCCAAUUCAAAACAUGACAGUUUUAGUAUCCCAUAUUCAUUAGGUCUUUGCACAUAACAAAAAGAAAUUCUCUAAAAAUAACAAUGACCAAUAAACUCGUGGUCCAAGUGGACGAUCCGGCGGCCAUCCCUAAAUUUAUCAGCUACAGGUACAUUGGCGACCUCUCGGAGAGUGUGAAGUAUAAAACCCAAGAGUACAUUUCCGGACCGACGAGAACAUGCACCAUUAAGAGGCCCACCGAGAAAGAGAGCGACGAUCGAAGUUUGGGCUUUGACGUGGCCUCAAUGAACAGUCUGCGCGGGCAUUUCGUGGACGCAGUGUCUGCAGGUUCACCGGCUGAGAAGGGAGGAUUGCGCCAAGGAGACAUGAUCGAGAAAGUCAACGGGAAACUUGUGAGGAACUUGUCUCACAAAGAUCUGGUGGAUCAUAUCAAGCCAAUGGAUGAAUUUGAACUUGAAGUGGUGAGCCGCUUGAGGCGUAAAGAUGUAGAAAAUGAACAAAACGACCAAUGAAUAAAGUUAAAAAACCAA